ACAUGUAAUAUGUGAGUUAUUUACAUUAAAAUAAUCAUUCCUUCAGUGUAGAAACAUGCGGAGGUAACACUGCGCGUAUUUAUUUAUUAGUUUAUAAAAAUUAUAAUAAAAGCCCAAUGUCGGUAAUUUUGGGAGGAGCUGUGAAAUUAUACCAAUAUCUUAAUGAUGACAUUGCAGACCCUAGGACUCAAGAAUGGUUCCUCAUGAGAUCACCAUGGGCGGGACUAGCCAUACUAUCAAUUUAUCUGAUGUCAGUACUCAAAUGGCUGCCCAACUUUAUGAGCAAGCGGCCCGCCUACGAGCUACGGUCAAUUAUUGUGAUUUAUAACAUAAUACAAAUGUUUGGUUGUGCGUACGUGUUCUACCAAAGUAUGAAACUGGGUUGGCUGAGUCACUACAAGCUGGUCUGUCAGCCGCCAGACGAGGAGCCGCAUAGCGUGGACUACGCAUGGCGUGUUUGUUACGGUUAUUUUGUACUCAAACUCAUGGAUCUCCUUGAUACGGUUUUCUUCGUAUUAAGAAAAAAACAAAACCAAGUAUCAUUCCUACACGUGUACCAUCACUUUGGAAUGGUCGCAGUUUCUUGGGGCAUGGUUAAAUGGUUGCCAGGUGGUCACGUUAUUCUGGUUACUCUGAAUUCGUUCGUACACGUAAUCAUGUACAUGUACUAUCUCCUCACGAUCUGGGACAAAUCAUUUAAGAAAUCCAUCUGGUGGAAGAAAUAUGUCACACAAAUUCAAAUUUUGCAAUUCACAUUACUACUGGCGCAUUUCAUAGUGCUGACUUUUAUGAAAGAUUGCAAUUACCCUCGAGAGCCGGCCUACCUUCUAAUUCCACAGAACUUAUUUAUGGUCAUACUUUUCUUAGAUUUCUACUACCGAUCGUACAUAAAGCCUCCCCAGAAGAAUGCUUAGAUCAACAUAUUGAACUUGAUGCGUUAUGUAUUUAAGUAAAUAAAAAAAUAUAAUUUUCAACUCA